AUGUGUGUUAAUGACGUCCUUUGUCAUUGUGCUGCACCUAUCGCCUUCGUGGACUACUACGUGACUGGACGGCUGAAGAAGGAUCGUGCCAGAGAGGUGGUCGCCUCCAUUGCCAGAGCUUGUAUCGGACCUAGUCGUAUGUGCGUUGGUGAUGUCCUAAUAGGCUUGCCGUCUUCGGGAUUACACUCAAAUGGUUUUUCACUUGUGAGGAAGAUUUUUAAGAUGAAUGAUGUUUCCUACAAGGACCCGACGCCGUGGAAUCCAAAAGAAACCUUCGGUGAAGUGUUGUUAACUGGAACUCGCUUGUAUGUCCGAUCAGUAUUUCCACUCUUGAAAGAAGGUCUCGUGAAGGGUUGUGCUCAUAUCACCGGUGGAGGCAUAGAGGAGAAUCUUCCCCGAGUACUCGACAAUGACAGUCAGUUGUCCAUGGAAGUAGACGCGGCAUCAUGGAAGAAGCCCGAAAUCUUCAACUGGCUAGCAGGGAUGGGACCCGUGGAGUCGAGUAUGAUGCUGCGCACAUUCAACUGUGGUAUCGGUAUGGUUCUAGUGGUUGCAGCCUCAAAGACUGAUGAGGUUAUCCAACGAUUACAAGAAAGCGGAGAACAUGCUGUUCACAUUGGAAGGGUCGUCAGAAGGCAAGGAAGUUCUCUUUUAAACUUCACGAACUUGAAUGAUGCAUUCUCAUCGAAGUAUGUGCAGCCUCCGAAGCCGAAAAUAAAGGUUGGUAUACUGAUCUCAGGGAACGGAAGCAAUAUGGUGAAGCUCAUCGAAAGUUCUAGAACACCAUCCAGUAACUGUGAG